ACCAUCCUGCCAGUAUCCAAAUCGGUCAGUCUGCCAUCUGAGAACCAGCCUUCUGUGGCGCAGCCUGCAAGACGUUCCAAUGCCUGAUGACCCGGUGCCCACUGUCAUACCUGGUGACCCGAUGCCCGCUGUCGAGCCAGAUGACCCGGUGCUCGCUGUCGAGCCAGACAAUCCAAUGCCUGGUGACCCGAUGCCCGCUGUCGUGCCUGAUGACUUGAUGCCCGCUGUCGAGCCAGGCGAUUCAAUGCCUGAUGACCCAGUGCCCACUGUCAUACCUGGUGACCCGAUGCCCGCUGUCGCGCCAGUUGACUCAGAGCCAGCUGUUAUGCCUGGUGACUCGGUGCCCACUGCCUUGCCAGAUGACUCAGUGCCCACUGUCGAGCCAGAUGACCUGAUGCCUGAUGACCCGAUGCCCGCUGUUGUGCCAGUUGACUCAGAGCCCGCUGUCGUGCCUGGUAGCUCGGUGCCCACUGCCUUGCCAGAUGACUCGGUGCCCGCUGUCGAGCCA